GUUCGUUUCCGUGGUGCGUUAGCGAAAUUUUUACUUCCCCCUUUCUCAAGUGUGGCUCAGGAAAAUGUGUUCACUUACGUAGUUAUUGUCAUCACUAAAAAGUUGAUCUUAACUGCCCGUUGAAAAAUGUUAAAAAUUUGCAAAAUAAAUGCAUGCCCAAAUGGAACACUUGGCCUGCAUCUUAGUCGAGCACCCUGGGAUCCAUACCCAUGGGUGAGUGGCAUACAGGAGGGCUCUAGCGCAGAAGAGGCCGGUAUGUGCGUCGGUGAUACAGUACUGGAGUUCAAUGGCAGUGAUGUGUUGGGAAAGAAAAUCUUCGAAAUCGCAACGAGAAUACGUGAGCAUUGGCAAAGUGGUGCAACCGAUGUGACGGUCGUGAUUUGGCGUAAGGAAGUAGAGGCGGAUAGCUGCUGCAGCGACGAAAAUGAGGAAGAUGAUGAUGAGGACAGCGACGCGCAGGAGCAUUUUACAAAUAGCAAUGACAGCGAAAGAGCAGCAGUGGCGGUGGAAGGUAGAAGAAAGCGCGCACAUCAGCAUCAACAGCAUACCAGUAUUAAUCAGCAGUCAUUGCAGAAGUUCGCCACAUGCCUGCAACACAUUGCCCAAUUAUUGGAGUGUCCUGUUUGCCUUGAGGUUAUUCGUCCACCUGGUUGGCAAUGUUGUAACGGACAUGUGUUAUGCAACAACUGCCGCAGCCGUUCGCUCAAAUGUCCGGUGUGUCGUGUGCCAUUGGGACCCAGAGGACGCUGCCUGCUCGCGGAUAAAUUAUUCACCGUGUUAGCUGAGAGUUUUCCCUGUGAUGGCGUGCGAAGCAGCCGAGAUUCCCCAAAGGAUACUCGCAAAUGCUCACCUGAAUUAAAAGCACGUCCCACGGCGAGUGCGACAGCACGAGAACAACAAACGCAAAGAAAUCAGCAGGAGCAACAACAACAACAACAACAACUACAACAAAUUAAAGCCAAAGAAAUGCAACAGCAAGAUAAAAAGAAGAAGGUCAAAACUGCUGCUGGUAGCCAAAAGAAUGUGACGAAUGGAAAAGUUGCUGCAAAGGAAUGCACAGCAACAGCAACAGCAGCGAUAGGCGAAGAAGUACAACAAGUAAACAGCACGACUGACAAUAGCAACAGCAGUAAACAGGCAGAUGGCAGGAAGAAUUCGCAAAAGAUUGCGGGAGCUAUAGGUGGCAAUUUGUUGCAUGGCUGCCACUGGCAAUGGCGGCGAAGUCGAACGCGUGUGAACAAGGAAGAACAGCAACAACAACAACAACAACAACAGUCAAGCGAACUACUACAAGUUUAUAAAGACUACGCAGAUGAGCAAUUGUCCAUUUCGGUGUCCAAGGCGGCACCGCACACGACGAGGAUGACAAAUGUCAGCAGUUGAAUAGUUGUAGAACUCGUUGCUUGGAAUGGGGGCGGGAUGCAUUGGGGAUAUUGCAUGGCGUAGGGUGCGCUCGUUCGUACGUGGCAGUAGCUGCUGGCCAGUUGUUAGUUGUUAGUUGAUUGUGAGUGGCAUUGUGUGUGUGACGGAAGGAAAUGCGUUGGUCAACAAUGUCCUCGUUAAACUUAAGUUGAAGUCAAGUAAGAAAUCAGUAGAUAACAUAAAAUAAGGUGGGAAAGUCACGAAAUGUUUGGUAACAAAAAAAAAAACACACUUUCAUACAUGCAUAGGUAUGUAUGUAUGUAUGCACGUAGUUAUAAGAGCAACAAUUUGUGCGCAAAAAUAAAAAAAAAUUAAAUCGAAAUCGACAGAGCAAUGCUGGCAAAAAUGUGAAGCUGCAAGCAAAAAAAUAACGUCUUGUAAAAGAUAACUGUCGCAACAACAGCAGCAACAUUUAUAAUGCUCAGAUUAGCAAUUGUUGCUGCUGCUGUUGGUACUUAUGUAUGUAUGUAUGUAGGUAUUAGCUCAGUAGAGGCGCGGCGGCGUGUUGUGUUGCCGCUAGCUACUGCUAGGGGAUUAGCAACAAUAUCAAAAUUAUCAUUGCUCAACUGGGAAAUCAUGUAGCAUUCGGAACGUGCAACAUUCUGCACACGAAGUGUGGCAACAACAAGCAAGUAGAACAAAUAAGUUCUGUUGCACAGAAAGAGUUUAAACAGGCAGCAAAAAGAAAAAAAAAAUCAACUGGUAAAUAUUUACAACAAAGAGCAUGCAGUAGCGAUGAGUUACAUACAUAUGUGUGCUACAAACAAACAACAUACUGUAUAAGUAAAACUGCUAUCAAAAUGUUGGCUAAUAAGUGAGCUAAUAACCUUAGGUGCACAGUAUAGGAAAAUUUUUAAGAUUUGACUGCACAGCACAGAACAGGCAAGCAGAUUGCGUUGAGAUGACUGGGAGUUAGAUAUUUUUCGCUUUAAUCAGCACUGCAAAGACCUGGCCUGGAACUGAUAUACAUAUAUAUUCCGAAGCAGUUUAGGGGAAAGUAAGGCUCUCCCUGACCAAUUUUGUGUGCAUCAUUAUUGGGUUCAGCGCCAGAAUUUUAGAGUAUCCG